AAUUUAUCGGAUUUAGGUUAAUAGUUGGAUGGUGGCGGUGACUUUUUAUUAUUUGUUGUAGCCGCAGUUCCAAACGGCGUCGUUCAUCAUGCAUGCCUUUUUUCCACUAUUUUUUUCCUUCUAUUUUUCAAUAGAAUAUUACUACUAUCAUUUCUGCACCGUAAUUCUUAAGAUCAUCCGCUCCACUCACAUUUCUGUCCAGCCGCCAUAGUUCUUCCUCGAAGCCCCGGUCCAGCAGCUCUUCACUUCGAAUUUUAUCGUCUUCAGGUUAAUUUCCGUUCCAUUAGUUUUUUAUUUAAGAAUUUGUUCUUUCUUAAGUCCCUGUUGUGGGUUUUCUUUUUCACGGAAGUUCGUCCUAUGAUCACUUAAAUUUCUAUCCAUUCUCAAAAGCUGACUUCGAUUCUUCAGGAGACCCAGUUGGGUUGUGUUGAAAAUAAUGGUUAACGUGGUUGAGGCCAACAAAUUUUAAUUGCUAUUUGCUUCUGGAAAAUGUAUUAUUGCCGGCGCUGCAUCCAAUGGGCUUUUGUUACUCGUAUCUUUCUCACUGAUUUUUUUCAUCAGCCCAAAAAAAAAAAUUUUGAAGUUGUUUUAACAUUUUUUUAUUGGCAUCUGAGUACUUGUUGUCCUGGAAUUAACUUGAUGGAGUUGUUUGUCCACCUCUCUGUAAGUUCCUUUCAUGGCCUUAAAUUUGUAUGGCUUUGGUUUGUAAUUUUGCUAUGCAGAUUAUGACAAAGUAAGUCGCUUUUCUUCGUAUCCCGCCGUUGUAAUCUGUCAUUCUUUCUAGUUUGUGUUAGAUUAUUGGUUUUGUAAUGUUGAUUGUGAUGAAAAUGGUUUAGCUUUAGUAAUCAAUUUACACUUGGUAGCUAAAUUUUCUUUCAGCAGUAUUACCAAUGUAAAGUUGGGAAUUCAAUUUCACAGUUGCAGAUGGCUCGGUGGGAUAAGAUUCUGUCCCUUCCUGUCCAGAAUCCUCCAGCUUUGGAAUUUUCUUCCAAAGAUCUAGUGUGGUCCACUGUGGAAGGUUGGCGUGACAAUAUAGAUAGAAUUUCUCUCAUUCCGUUUGCCAGAGUGGACGACUUUGUUAGGGGUGAAUCUGCCAAUGAGGAUUGUCCAACUAGAUUUCAUGUCGAAGCCAGGAGAAAGCGUCCUUCUGAUACGACUUGCAAGCCGAAAGUUGAUGGAAUUCUUGAAUAUAUUUUGUAUUGGUGCUCCUUUGGUCCUGAUGACCAUAGAAAAGGAGGUAUUGUUCGUCCGAGUAGGACAUCAUAUGCUCCAAAGAAGAAGUCUGCUGGUAGACCAAACACAAAGAGAGGCUGCACGUGCCACUUCAUUGUCAAGCGCUUAAUUGCAGAACCUUCUGUUGCGCUAAUUAUUUACAACAAAGUUGAGCAUAUAGACAAGAAUGGACUACCAUGUCAUGGUCCACAAGAUAAGAAGGCUGCUGGAACCAGAGCGAUGUAUGCUCCUUACAUCUCUGAGGAUCUUCGGCUUCAUGUCUUAUCCCUUUUAUAUGUUGGUGUUUCUGUAGAAACCAUUAUGCAAAGACACAAGGAGUCAGUGGAGAGACAGGGAGGUCCAUCAAACCGUGAUGACUUAUUAAACCACAGACAUGUUCGCAGACAAGAAAGGAUCAUCAGACGAUUUUCAUACGAAUUGGACAGCGACGAUGCAAUUAGCGUUAGCAAGUGGGUUGAAAGUCAUCAGAGUUGGGUUUUCUUUUAUGAGGAUUACUCUGAUUCGGAGCCUUUCGCUUUGGGUAUUCAAACCGAGUGGCAGCUACAACAAAUGAUUAGAUUCGGUAACCGAAGCCUCUUGGCUUCUGAUUCAAGGUUCGGGACAAAUAAAUUGAAGUAUCCUGUUCACAGUCUGGUUGUGUUCAACUCUGAGAACAAGGCUAUUCCAGUAGCAUGGAUGAUAACACCUAAGUUUGCAAGUGGAGAUGCCUAUAGAUGGAUGAGGGCCCUUUACAACAGAGUUCGCACAAAAGAUCCUUUAUGGAAGGUAGCUGGUUUUAUUGUGGAUGAUCCUUUGACCGACACUCUUUCUAUCAAGGAGGUUUUUCAGUGCCCUAUUUUGAUAUGCUUUUGGCGAGUUCGCCAUGCAUGGCACAAGAACUUGAUGAAUAGAUGCUCGGAUAUGGAUUACUGUGCUGAAAUAUCAAAAAAGCUCGGUGAGUCCGUCUCCAAUAUCUGCAAAGGACACGGAAAUGCACAUGUGUUUGAGGCUGCGUUGGAAGAUUUCAUUGAUGCUUCAGAUUUUGUUGACUACUUUAAAGCAGUUUGGUCUCCUAGACUAGGUUUGUGGGUUGAUGCACUGAAAAGUUAUCCCAUGGCAAGCCAUGAAGCAUCUGCAGCAAUGGAAUCCUAUCACCACCUCUUGAGGUUAAGGUUGGUUAAUGAGAAAGACAACAGCGUGUAUGAGCGUGCUGACUGGUUGGUGCAUAAGCUGGGUACAAAAGUGCAUUCUUAUUUCUGGCUGGAUGAAUAUUCGGGAAAGGGAGAUUUUGCACGAUACUGGAAGGAUGAGUGGUUCAGUGGUCUAACAGCUUGGCGAAAAUCAAUGAAAAUUCCAGAUGAUGACAUAACCAUGGAGGAUAAAAUUGCAAGAGUGGUGGACCAGGAAGAUCGAAGUGCUAUCCAUAUUGUACGUAAUCCUGGUUCAGAAUAUGCACUAUGCGAUUGUGAUAGGGCAAAUGCAGGCAACUUAUGUGACCAUGUUUUCAAGACCAUCAGAUUUUACCGUGAUAAGAAACAUGUCGAACGAUCUCUUAGCAUGCUCCAGUAUCACCAGGCUUUGAUGAAGAUACUACACUGCCCACAGCACGACUCUUUGGCACGUGAUUACGCUUCUUCCUUAGCAGUCUGGGUACAAAUGCAGUUGGAUUCCCAAAUUGGUCAACCUAGCAGUUCACACGCAUCGGAUUCUGCAAUGGAACAAGUGUCUGAUCAGCCUACAGCAAAUCAAGAUAGCGUUCUGUUGAAUGAGAACCCAAGUAGAAAUGACAAUGGGAGUGAUGAACCAAGUACUGCACUGGUUAAUGAGGUCAUGAGCGAAAAUGAUAUGCUUGAUUAUGAGAAUGGGACGGAAGUUUCUCGUGCUGAAAUGGAAAUUGAUGCAUAAUCAUCUUUUCCGCCUCGGGUAUUCUUUGGUUUAGAGUGGAAAUCACGAAUAUCUCUCAACUGCCAAGAUGCCUUCUUGACGUUUUAAGAUUUCCUGAUUGGACUGGAAGUGGGGAUGAUCCCGGGUACAAGUUACACCAACGAUGAAACCGCAAAUGGAAUCAUCAGAAGAAAUUUCUGACGCAGUCCUUUGCCCGACCAGCCAAAGGGACGCUGCAGAAUCAGAGAAUCAACUGCGUUCAAGUUUUUGGAGAAGGUUUCUUAUCAUGUUUGUGGCUUAUCGGGAGUUGCAAUGAAAAUCCAAACUUGGCUAAGUGAAUAGCCGUUGGAGACUGCAAACAACACAGGAAGUUAUUGCUGGAUCUUGCGGGUGCAGAAAUGAUUUAGAGAGCAAAUGAUUGGUAGGUUAGCUCGAUAUGUCCACUCUUUCAACUUCUUUGUAGCAUAUGCAAAUUGCAAACAUGCAAAGAAUGACACAUGCCCGAGUUGUACAGUAGGAUCUAAAAUUUUAUACUAUUAACUAACUCUUUGUCCCAAUCGCACCUUCUGG